CGCACAAAAACGCAGACGUACAAAGGAGAAUGCUGCCGAGUGUUGUAAAGAAGAGAAGCCAACGGGAGGACUUCAAUGGAGAGACCCUUCGCUCUUCUCGGCCUCCACGGGGAGACUCACGCACUCUCUUCCUCUCGCGUAUCGAUCGGCGAAAGUGAGCCCGAAGAGCGGUGCGGACACGAUCUCGCCGUGAACGAACGUUCGUUCGCCGCCGGCUCCCAGAGGAGAGAAAGAAAAAGCGCGCUCAGCUCUGAGCGAAUAUACAGUCAAAAACAAACAUAGGACGAGAAGAAAAAAAGAAAGAAAGAAUCGCGCACGCAUCGCGUGGGACGCAGACUCGCGCGUAGCUACGACGGAAACGGAGGUGGGGGAACGGACAGCAGCGAACAAAAAUAAAAAUACGGAGAAAUAAAAGCUCGCGCUGUACGCCCCCCUCCUCGCCCUCCCCCUCUCCUCUUUCGGCGUGUUCUCCUCGCCUCUACUCCACGUAGUCUCGUCAUCAUCCAGCAGCAGCGCUUCGAACAUCGGGAGGAGCCCGGGCCGGUUCGGUUGGACACAGCGGCGCGAGCCGUGAGCGCGCCGGUCGCCGGACUUUGGAUUCUCGGUGGGUGGGUGGCUUCGGUGCGACGACGGCUCGCGGUUGCUCGCAACCCUCCGUGCGUGCCCCAAACCGCACUGCGCUCGCCGAGAGCGCCCCGAACUCGAGCGAAAGACCGAGGCGAAUCGUCGCGGUACCCCGUCGAAUCUCGGCGGCCGCUCAAGAGAGGAGCUCGAUUCGACGCGGCAUCGCCCGUCAGGCUCGAACGCCGAACCCGUCGCGUCGGACAUGAAGGCGUGGCGGGAGAACUGGAAGGAGAGGAGAGAGAGGUUAGUUCAACGGUGGUCCUACUUCUUCAAAGUCCUUCUCCACUCCGUGUUAUCCGAGCCUCCAUCCGACGCCAGUUCGCAACCGACGCAGUGGAGAUCUCUAAAGCCGGCGAGACACGAGACGGCGGCCGGUUCGCGCGCUUAGCGCCCCGUCCCGACGCGUCGACACACGCCCACGACGUGGGGGAGAAGGGCGGAGACACCGAAGGCGCGAAACGUCACGUGAAGCGUUCGUGCGGGAGAGAAGCAACAGGCGUCGACGAGGAAUACGUUGUUGUUUCUACGCACGUCGACUACGAUGCCGGCCCCGACGCGUAGCGCUGGACCCGAUUCCGGGAGGGGAGAACGUUCGUAACGGGACUGCGAGGAGGUGGCCACGCUCAUUGAGCGGAGCGCUUUGCUAUGUGCUGUGCGGAGAAGCUCCUCGUUCCCGCGGCGUCGUCUUGCACGGUGGCGCGCCUUCUUCCGACUUCGCCGCUGCCGGCUUUCGAGAAGAGUCCCAGCGGUCGCAGCGAUGCUGUGAGCAGGUACUCGCAAGACGUGGUCGCACUGCCCAGCUGAGCUUGGCACGGCGUAGCGACUUCCGGCCACCCACACCCGCCCCGCGCAAGCUCUGCAACCCUGUCUCCCUACAGCCGCCCGAGCACCGACAGGAUAGACUGCUGCUGCCCUCUGAUGCCCGCGGCGCGCGUGUCUCCGGCGGACGAACCGGCGGCGGCCUGGCCCGCCGCUGACCGCCGGGGACCCGCGGCCGCCGCCCACGGCCUCGGAGGAGCUACUGCCUCGCCCAGCGACACGCCGCUGCCAGACCCUUCCGGCCACCGACUCGCCUCCUCCAACAACGCGCACCGCACCUCUGACACGGGAAACAAGGCGCCGUGUCCCGUCACGCCUACCAAAGCCACGACCGCGACGCCAGACUGGAGCCCCGCGACGACGGUCACCUCUCUCGGUCUGUCGCCCUACCAGCGGCUACUGGAGGCGCUGACCAACGACAGUCGGUGGCAGAAGGACGUGGACCUAGGGAGGAGGGUGGGCUUCUACCGCUUCCGAGGGGAGCUGGGCACCGGCAACUUCUCCCAAGUCAAGGUGGCCGUCCACUGCCUCGUCAAAGAGAAAGUGGCCGUGAAGAUACUGGACAAGAGCAAGAUGGACGCCAAGACGCAGCGCAUGCUGGCGCGCGAGAUCGCCAGCAUGGAGUCCCUGCACCACCCGCACGUGAUCCGGCUGUACGAGGUGAUCGAGACGCUGAGCAGGGUGCACCUGGCGCUCGAGUUCGCGCCGGGGGGCGAGCUCUUCCAGAAGAUCACCAGCGACGGCCGCUACCCGGAGGAAGAGGCCCGCAUCGUGUUCGCGCAGGUCGCCUCGGCCGUCAACCACAUGCACGAGCUGAACAUCGUGCACCGGGACAUCAAGGCGGAGAACGUGUUCAUCGCGGGCCACAACCUGGUCAAGGUGGGCGACUUCGGCUUCAGCACGCAGCUGCGCUCGCGCGAGGAGGCGCUGAGCACCUUCUGCGGCUCGCCGCCGUACGCGGCGCCCGAGCUGUUCCGAGACGAGAGCUACGCGGGCCCCUGCGUGGACGUGUGGGCCCUGGGCGUGCUGCUGUACUUCGUGGUGACCGCCUGCAUGCCCUUCCGGGCGCAGACGGUGGCCGCGCUCAAGAAGCUCAUCCUCGAGGGACACUACGCGCUGCCCGAGUACCUGUCCGAGCAGUGCAAGAAGCUCAUCGCCUCCAUACUGCAGGUGUGCCCGCAAGACCGGCCCACUGUAGCGGACAUCGGGCGCUCCGAGUGGCUCCGGGGCCAGCGACUGCCCGAGGGCUACGCCCGCUACAACAUGUACCCGACGCUCGACCCGGAGGCCACCGUAUCCGAGGAAGAGCUCGAGACGCGCGCCCACCUGCGCGAGCUGGGCAUCGGCGAGGAGCUGAUGCGGGACUGCGCCGACAAGGGCGCCCGGAGCGCCGUCACGGGCGCCUACCGCAUCGUGCUGCACAAGAUACAGACCGCGACGCCGACGGCCCUGGACAACGUGGACAGCGAGUCGGCGGGCACGGCGACGGGCACCCCGUCGCCCGGGACGCACAAGGCCGACCGCGUCUCCCUCGGCCCGGACAGGCUGUUCUCGGUCAAGAGCCGAAAGUCCCGAGCGUGUGUCGUGCUAUGAUGCGUCGCUUUGUGUGAGUCUCCGCCGCGAGAGCGACCGUCACGAUGCACCGGUCCGUCGUCGUGCCUGAAACGGCUUGCGCCAAAGCGACAACGCCGGCCGGGUAUAAGACGUUCGUGCAGAUUCCGUUACUGGGAAUGAGAAAAGAGGCGUUAGCGUGCCAGUUAGGGUCUUCGUCUGUAUGGACCUUCCAAACACCAGCAGCCAGAAUGCCCUGUGCCAUCGCUAUUGUUUGGCGCCCUCACCGGUGAGCACGGCACGUACAUUAUCAUCGUGCAUUACUCCACGAUCCUUUGACUUCAACAAAUGCUAUGUCUUCUAGACAGUGCCACAUAAAUGUGUAUGAGGCCACGUAGACAUAUGCAUCGGGCCUUCGUCGUCAAGAACGACCGUAGUUCAUGGACGUACAGCGAUGACAAAUCCUCGAGGCGUGGACAGUGCAGAAGCGACCCUGUAAGGGAACACGUAAGCAACGACUUCGUUCGACAAGCAGCUGAAAGACAUUCACAGAGGAUGUGCACAGUCAAGUGAGUCUUUUAUUCGGAGGGCUGGCUUUUCCUCUGGGGUUAGCGACGAGUUCACGGCGGGUGAAGCGGUGCAACAACUUGUGCCGUAUCUAGGAGCCUCUCCAUACUCAGCCAUAUUGCGGGAAUGACUACAAAAACGACCCAUCUCUUCUCGCUGAAGGUUAUGCACACGACCGAGCUACAGGACAGAGGAAAUGGCCCCCACAGCAUCCAGGACACUUGUGUCAGAAAACGCAAGAGAAUCUUUGAGAGCAGCCCUGCGGAAGUUAUCCUUGAUAUGUAACUGCCUUGACAGCCAGGAAAUUAAGGCAUGUCACAGGCCAGAACAGGCAAAGCUCCUCCUCUUAACUAGAGAUUCAGGACUCUCAAUGCCUCAUUCCGGUGCAUCUAUGGCACAUUGUCUAUUUGAUAUUUGAUAUUGUGUAGAUAUGCGAUGUCACGGGCGUGAUUUCGAUGUCACUGGCGUAAUUCCGAUGUCUCCAUCAGUGUCACGGAAGCACAAGAGCUCAUCAGGGGUACUACAACCUUGCUGCCUCCGAUCAGCAAGCCACACCAUGCUUCGUUCAGUAACAAUAUGUUAGCCACGUGGCCCUUCUUAAGCUGUCACAGCGCCCUGGAUGAUCGGAUGCACGUAAUUAACAACGAUCAAACCAGGGAAGACGAAGCCUGAAGCUAAUGUUUCACAACGAUAAUACUCGUACAUGAUCUAUCAGCACUACAACUGGCAAAAACGGAGAAUAAGAGACGAUCGCUUGUAUUUGUCGGGGCGAAUGUUGGCUCCAGGCUGAGGCUGACCCUUGGUACGGAUGCACGUAGUCAUUCAUUUUGAUGCGUCGGGAAACCGUGUCCGAUUGGUGGGUUUUAUACGCUGCUACGGACGCAGAGUUGGUGAUUUAUUUGCGCCACCAAUAAUUCUGCCGCUUGUCAAGAACAUAGUGAAUGCAUUCUUUUUACUUCCUUAUACAAGAUGAAGUGGCGACAAACAACAAAUUAAAGAAAUUUGGUUGUGGAUGUGCUCGUCUCUAACUUUACCAAAUGUGUCAAACGAAUCUUAGCGUGUUUUGCAGUUUGUCAUAAGUGGGUUUGACUGCCUUACUAGGGCAUAUAGCAGGCGACCGUGAGUUGUAGUCACGCUUUCGUUCCGCCCAGGUGCCGCACACGGAGAGCUCGUCUCCCCACUACGGCACCGUUGGCUAACGGCCUCCGAGACCUGCGCGUGCAAUCUAGGAGGCCACGUUUGGGCACAAAUACUUUUACCACCGCCCGCACAUGGGAUGCCUCUUAAAAUAUGAAAGACACUUCCAAGACGUACGAAAUAGUUCACGCAGUCAAAGCUCGCACGUGAUCGCGCGACAUGCUAUCACGAGGGCAAUCUGCCCCCCGUGGUUUGCCUACCGUUCGGUGUUGUAACGGACUACAAAUAAGAGCCUCGGAGAAUAGUGGCGCCACGUCGACAAUUCCCAAGGCCGUGACAGGUGCAAAAUGCCGCGAUGUACCUGGCGUCACACGUGCGGUGAACCAUGCCGGCCACGUAUUUUGCACUUUUAUGAAAAACAUCCAAAGUUGACAGCUACUUUUGUCGCUGCUGCUUUUUUUCUUAACUGCGAUUGAGCCAAAGGCUUCCCCCUCCCCUUCUUCAACAGUGUCGGACGCUUUUCGGAGGUAUGAAUAGCCGAGCCAUAGCCCAUCAGCAUCUCCGUUAAUUUCUUUUGUUAACAUUCGAAAGAUAAGCGUUAACUACACUGCACCUCCUGAGCACUCUUACUUCAGAACUUGUCAAAAAAGGCUGCGACUUCGAAAUGCUUGAAAAUGCACUAAUAUGAAAGCCAAAGCAUAUUUAUUUGUCGAGUUUGCGAGAAGGCAAGGCUGAGAAUUAGCAGAUUCUUCAUAUUCGAAGAAGCACUGCAACAUUUUUUUUUUUAACGCGGUAAGAAAACGCUUGCCACUUACUGGCAAUCUUGCCGAGAGAGUGCGAUCCAAAUGUUAUUCCACUGUCCACAGCAGGGAGCCCAUAAUAUCGCAUAAACGGUCACUCGCUCUCUCCCGUGGUUUUCGAGGCUCCCUCAUCCUAUGCCCUGCCUAUGACGUCAUAAGCCUGCACGACAGCCCAUAGACGCCAUCCUUUGAGUUACUUCUCAAGCGAAAGUUCCCGUCCCCAUGCGCACACCACGGUUGACACGUACCGCCCGUCUCCUUUGUGACUUUCCCGUAGCUUUGUCAAGUGCAAACCAUGAGUGCACCGUGGACAGAAAUAAAUAAAUAAAUAAGUUCACUGACUGGCACCCUACUCACUCCAGUGUGUGUUAUCGUCCUUGAAGAAGAAAAAAAAAGAGGGUUGCAAUGCCUUUUUAAUGAAAGACGUAAAAAUAAAAAAAAUUUAGCAAUGGUGCAGCGGUGACGUCAUAGACUUUGCAACGUCUCUUGUGACUCAGGAAUUGUGUACUAAGUAAAAGAAAGUUACAUUACAUUUGAUAACUAGCGUGGACUCUAGGUGUCAACUUUUAUUUAACUUCUUCGCAAAAGAGGGCCAGAAUACACAAACAAAGCGUAUAUUGUGACAUCACAAUGAAGUCAUAACUGCUAUGUUCUGGCAAGAAAUUCAAGAAGGGCAGUUUCAGCCUUCAUUUCUUCUCCAGCAAUGAACCUAUUUCCACCUAAAAAUCGCGAAACGGCCUUUUGGAAGCGCACCCUGCAGGUCUAAAACUUAAUCUUUCGCAUUAGUGAAAUAUUAAAGACUAACCUGUACAUCACGUUUGCAGUGCAAGCACCUUCAAGCGCAUAUGACACAGCAUGCAUAUACAAUCAUUAAAGACCGCAGAAGGCUGACAAACGGGCAUACGAUGCAUGACACCCCUGAAAUUCUGAUCUGUUAUAGAAGUUCCAACCUCCAUCACACAGAAAAAAAGUUUUAACUAGUCGAGUGUGCAUCCUCUGGUACGGACUUUUCCGUGGCUCGUCUUUCAAAUAUAUAUAUACAUACUUACUUGCCAGACUGUGAUCUUCAGUGUUAUACAUGGCGCUCGACUAAACAAUAUUUGUAGCAACAAGUCAUCGUCCCCUUCCACUGUUGCAAGCGGCAUCAUGACAUGAACAAUGUGGAGUGUUCUGUUUGUGCAUGUUAACCGUCACUCUAAUGUGAUUUCUGUUUCGGGCAGUUGAGUGUUGCAGAAAAUGUUUGAUGUUCCAGAAACUAAUCUUUAUUUGUCGUUCUGCUGGUGUGUGGUGUCCCCUGUGUCUCGUGACACUCGCGAAACAUGAAUAGUUGGAACAAUUUCGUUUGUGUCAUGUUGUUGUUUUACUGUAGAUAAUGUUGCCACAUCUUUAUCGUAAACACCGUCUCUGUUUGACCACAGAGAUGCAUGGCAGAAGUGUAAUUUAUUACUAGGUUGUUGUUCUCCCUCGGUUCAGGGUAGUAGUAAUUGUUGCCACAUACGUAUCAUUAAAACACAAUCUCUAUCCGAUCAAACAGGAGCACGGUGGAAAAUUUAUUUCAUGUCAAGUUGUUGGUUCAUUGUAGAUAGUGUUGUCACAUCUGUACCAUAAACACUGUCCUUACCUGACGCCUGUCCUUACCUGACCCUUGAAUUGAGGAUGUUCACAAAUUUUCAUAUAAGCAUGAGCUUCACAUAUUCCAACUGACACAAAGUCGUUUUUCCCUGUUAAAUCUUUUGCACGGCACUCUGCAGUUUCUACGCAACACUUCGGCCAGACUUCCAGAAGUACUAUUAAACCAACAUUCACUUUGAAAUCUGCACAGAAUUACACCUAUAUCACAGACAUGCCAACAAAACAAAAGUAUGUGCCAAACCUGCUAAUGUUGGUUAUCCUUCUGCAUACCAAUUGUUUUCAGUCCAGGCAACCCGUUCUGUGCACAGCGAACAACGAAUUUUCGUAGAGGCAGACUGCUACGACAAAGUUCUAUGUGCCAUUAUGCUUCCACAAUAAGCUGCUUUAAAUUUCUAUUCCAAUGUUUCGAUAUUUGCAACAAUAUUCGAAGAUGCCCUAGAGCACUGUUAUCUCCACUUUGCCUCUGUCACCCCCUUUGCAACCGUUGACUGCUAUUUCUCCAAAAUCUGUUUUGUUGCAUAAACCAAAAGCCAACACAGGCCAGUUUCUCUGCAUGUUGGUGGCAAAGUGCUUUCAUAAACGCAAACAAAAUUGACCGAAAAAGCGCAGUACGUGUCACUACCUGAGCAUAUGCUAUGUCUAUGUCUGUCAUCACUCUAAGAACAGAUGACACCCAUUUGGGGCGUAUUUUGUCUCCAAACAAUAAUAGCAAUUGGGCUCGUGUGUCAUGCCCGCUGCUAUCAGGUGCACAUGUAUGUAUUAGUGUAACGCAGCCUUCCUCACAGGAAAGUAGUGAGUCCAGAGUGUUAAAUUGAGGAAAUACAUGCAAGACACAUGAUAAUCAUUGUUUCGGAGCAAGAUAAGCCUCAGUGGGUGCAAAAUUUUUUAGAGUGCAUCCAAUGUACUAGCAAAGAUGAGAAGGAACAGUGAAGCAUUAUAGAUAAUUUCGGUAUAGAUAGCUUGUUCCAGGGCCACUUCGGGUAUUAAAUCGCACAGAUUGCUUAUAUAUUGAAUACUGUUUGCUUGCUCAAAUUUUUUCAAUGUGUUCAACAUAGGCAGAGCCUACUGUCAAUAAUGCUUUCGAGGAAUAAAAUGUAUGGACCCAAUGACACA